GCUAUUCACCGGGUGCCUUCCUAAUUUAUCUAAACAAGCAAAAAAUAGAUUAUUUGACGCAUUUUCUAGAUGUGAUGCAUUUGAAGUAUUAGAACAUAACGCACUAUUGGAUGCGCUAGCUCAUCCCGUGAAAGGUUUAAGUCUUUCAAGAUAUUAA